CAAAAACAAAACCAUACAGUACUGCAAAACAGUGGAAACAUUAUUUUUUCGCUGAAUCUCGUAGAAAAGAGUCGUCCUGUCAUAUUCUACUUAUAUUGCUUUAUUUUGAUACAGUCUUGAAAUAUUUUAAUUUUUACGAGGAUAUUCCGAUUUGUUUUACAAAAGAUUCUGUUACAGAUGGACUGAAAUAGUAUAGUUUCGGACAAUAGAGGUACUCGGAUAGUGUGGAGGAAUUUGGAAUUGUCUGCCAUUUUUUUGUACCGUUUAUCUAAAAUAAACUCGAAAUAAUGGGGAAGCUCCACUUCUUGCUGAAGUUUGGAAUGUUAAUAAACCAGUGCUUGGCAUGAAUAAAUCAACAAGCCCUGCUAUAAAAUAUAAAAUCAAGAAUUUGAGCAAGCACUUAACCAUUUUAUCAGUGUGGGGCUUGUCGGAAUGCACUUAGUUUGUCUACUGCUAAUAGUUUUGUCAAUGUGAUUAUCUUUGAAGUGGGAAUAAUUGCCUCAGAUUACAUUUAUAUGCAUGCAAAUGGUAAAGUGUCAACCAAUGCAGGAUAAAUAAUACAAUAUAUAUCUGUUCGUAAAUCUUGUAAAUCAUAAAUGGGGAAAUGUAAAGCCUACUGAAGCUUGUAUAGGUUGUUCUAAGUCUUAACAGACAAUGCCCAAAAGACGCAAAAACUUUAGUCAGCCUGGGAGAAACAGAGGUGCGGAUAGCACACUCUCAAGUGGAGAUCAGAUAGUUACAGACAGGAAACAAACUGCUAAAGAAAUUCCUGGAUUUUACUAUGAUCAUGACAAAAAGCGAUACUUCAAGAUUGCUCCCAACCAUGCAUCUGGAAGUUGUGUCUACACUAAGGAUUCAAUUGACCAAAGACAUGCAGAGGAAAAGAGAAUUGAAGAUGUUAAAAUCAUGUUCUCUGAUUCCAAUAGGACAAGCGUUGAGCCUAAGAAUAUCAACAGCAAUAUUGUGUACCUUUUACAAAAAAGAGCUGUUAAUGGAUGUGAUAAAUACAGAGUCAGUGUGCAAAUGCUUAAAACUUGUGUGAAAGGCUUGAAACCUUUAAGAUCUCAAGAAAUAUUUGACUAUUCGCAUUAUUCAUUCUUGUACAAUCAUGUAGAAAAUUGUCAGAUAAUGCAUAUGAAUGACAGCCAUGAUGAAUUACUGUGCAUGUGGUCUAUAAAGGAUGUGUUUGCUCAGCGCGUUCAGGUUUUGGAGCUGAUAGAUGGACAGAGAACAUCCCACUGUUCAGGGCCAUACAAUUUUGUGGUGAAUGCAAACCCUGUACAUAGACCACUGUUUAUAAGGAGAAUGAAGGCGACAGAUAUGUGCUCAGUGGGCAAGCAUGUGAUCCUAUAUACGGCAAUCAACAAUCUGUUUGAGGGUGAGAGUAUUGCCUUCAUGAGGGGCCUCCAUGAUGAAACAAAGCACUUGGAUCAGGAAUACCUCCUUGGCAGCAAAGUGGCAUGGAGCUGUGCAUGGAACCCAGUCCGUCAUCAGAUGGCAAUCGGGUGUGAAAAAUCUGCACAAAUUAUCAAUGCAGAGCGCAGGACCAUGUUUGAACUGAACACAAACAAAUGUGACCCUCUAGCACUCACAUUCUCUCAGAGAGGUGGGUGCCUGUAUGCGGGUGUAAGGAAGGGGGAGGUACAGGUGUUUGAUGCACAACGCGGCCGCCCCAACCCGGUGUACCGACUCCCACAUGCCUCUGGCGUCGUCAGUGUAAAACCAGUUCACAAUGACCUUCAUCUCCUUACUGGAGACUUCUCAGGGAAGAUACAACUGUGGGACACAAGACAGCGCGGCGUGGUGGUGGAGUAUGAAGGACACGUGAACAAGUGCACACGCCUCCCCAUCCAUAUUGACGAAACAGAAAACAUUGUGUAUGCUGUGGGAGAGGAUGGGUACACACGGUUCUGGGACUUCCGUGAGGGGAGACUACUCUACACACUCCCCCCACCUGGCCCGGUGACAAGGGAAACAAUGCCCUGUGUGCAGCUCUCCACCCACUGGGCCAACCAGCCGGGAAACUGUGGGCUUAUCAUGGCCAGGGAGAACAAACUCCACUACUAUGGCAGGCUCCCAGCCACUCACCUCUUGUGAUAGCGAAUAAUGUCCCUAUACUGACUGUAACAAUGAAAUCAUCAAAAUACUGUUCCAGUGUUUGCAUUCAAUAGACAGUCAUAGUGAAAAGUAAUAGCAUAAAAAGCAUACAAUAUAAUUUGGAUAUGCUGAAAUGCAUUUAAAUGGGAAAGUGCUGUGUGUCAAGUAGUCUAAAAAAAUAAUAAUCUAGCACAGCCUUACUUUGACAAUCAUGCCUAGGCGAAGUGUCUUGCAUGAAGAAUGUGACUCCAUCCAUGUGCAAUUUUGUGGGCUUAUUCUUGAUUGAAUUUAUGAUGUUUGCUUAGUCCUUCAUGACUCAAAACUAAUUCUUUUAAAAUCUACUUGUUGGUGUUGCCAUAAUAGUUUUUGUUUCUAUUUCCCUCUCCUAUCCCUCUUGUUAAGCCCUGACCCUAAAAUAUUUGAGGGAUCAUGGAAAUUCCUUUUGUCAUUUUAUCUUUUAUUGUCAAUCUGCGGACAUAGUGAAUUAAAUGUAAGAUUUAGAUAAAUGAAAACAAAAUGAGUUUGCAUUUUGAUUGCUAGCAACUUUUUUUGCAAGAAACGAAAAUAUUGAUUCACAUCUUAACACAUUAUUUUACACAUAAUUUUUAUGCAUAUAGUGUACGCCUUGAACACUGUUCAAUGUGUAAGUACAUUGUAAUAUCCUACUGUUGUGAACUGUAAAAUAUGAAUUGUUAUGCUAUGAAUUGUUUACAAAAUGAUUUCAUCCUG